AUGACUUCAGCAACAAUUGAUGGUCUUAAACGUUCAAAUGUAUGCGGUGAUGGUUAUCGUAUUGAAGGAGCUGUUCUUACAUCAUAUCCAUAUUCAAAACGUGAAACAUAUUUGCCUUAUGAAAAUUGCUUCAUGACAUUUCAGGCUCGACAAUCGAAUAAUCAAAUGCGUAUACAUAUUGUCAGACUUGAUCUGAAUGAUAUUCAUGGUGGUACUGAUUGUUUAGAUUCACUUCGUUUUUAUAAAUCAGUCUAUAUAACACGAGAAGAUAAACUUGAUUCUAUUGAAUGUGGACAAAUUGCUGAGACAGAAAAUUUCAAUAUUAUUUCGCCUACAGGCAUUGUUACUGUUCAUUUUAGUACUGAUGGUGGAAAUGUCAAUGGUCUUGGAUUUAAAGUAAUUCUUACUGCUUUUCGUUUACCAAAUAAAACACAUCCAUGUGAUCAAAAUGAUGAUGAAUUUCUUUGCAAUAAUGGUGAUUGUAUUAGUAGUUUACUUUUAUGUGACGGUGUUGCUCAUUGUUUAGAUGGAUCAGAUGAAAUACCAAAUCGUUCUUGUACUUCGAAUAUAGAAGAAUCUAUAAAUAAUCUUAAUAUACAAGCAAAUCAUCGUGCAAUGAUUGCUAAACAUCAACAUUGGCGUGGAGUGUUAAUUAUUGCUUUUUUACUUAUUAUAUUUAUUGUCUUUAUACUUUUUGUGGCAUAUUUUAUUUGUCGUCGUUGUGUUGGCUCAUCAAUACCAGUACCUACCAAUAAUAGAAGACGAAAUUAUAGAACUAUUGUUCACUCUCCUUUAAAUGGUCCUAAAAAUUCUACAACAACACAAGUAGUUAUAGAAAAUGAAAAAAAUCGGAAACGUCUUGAUGACGACUAUAAUUUACUCUAA